CCAUGAAGCCCUUCGUGUGUGUCGCCGUCCUGGGGGCCUGCGUGGCCUUGCUUGGCCACUCCGUGACCGCUUUCCUCGCGCCCAAGAACCUGAACCCGGUGCAGGCCGUGGCCACGGUGCCCGAGGCGGUCGGGAGCCUGGCCAGCCCCGUCCUGCACAGGCUCAACCCCCUGCGCCUCCUGCUGGGCCUCCUGGGCGUCCCCGUGGAGCACCUGGUGGAAGGCACCCAGCAGUGCGUGGCCCAGCUGGGCCCCGAGGCCCUCGAUGCUGUGAAGGCACUGAAGAAGCUGCUGGGGGUCCUGACGUUCUUAGGCUGA